UCCCGCAGCAAUCCUGCCUCCCUUCUCCUUCCGUACAGCCAUGGCCCUGCUCGGUCGCCUGGGCGCCCUCCUGCAACGGGCAGUGGCGACGGAGGAGCCAGAUAUCGACCUCCUGGCAGCCUUCACGGAGCACUGGAAGGGGCUCACCCACUACUACCUGGAGACCACCGAUGAAAAUAAGCCAGCAAAGCAGACGGACAUCCCCUGGCAUUUGAAACAGAUGCUGGACAUCCUGGUGUAUGAGGAGAAGCAACAACCCCCAGGGGAGACGGGACCCUGCUUGGAGUAUUUGCUUCAGCACAAAACACUAGAGACUCUCAGCACUCUAGGAAAAGCUGAGUACCCUCCGGGAAUGAGAUCUCAGGUGCUUCUGUUCUUCAGCCGUCUGUUGGGACAAAUGCAGUGUCCUUUGCUGCAUUACUUGAGUGUGUACAGGCCUGUUCAGAAACUCCUUCAACUGGGCCCUGAGCUUGAGAAGGAAAUGAUGCAGUUUAUUGCUGUUUUGUGCACCAAGAUCAGACAGGAACCUGCUCUGCUCCCCUAUGUUCUUGAGGGCAAGCACAAGGGCAAGCAUGUGGCAAAUGGCCAGAAUGUGGAUCAGCCCUUCCAACCACAGGAAGCAACAGCUGAGUCCUCAGACCAUGUGAGCAAGGAGAUAGACCCUGUGAAGCAGGGCGAGAGGCUGUGCCCAGGGAUGGAUCCUUGUGGGGUGUCACUUGUGGAACCGGCCUCCUCUGCAGCGAACCUGGUGACCUCUCUGAUCAAUUUGUGCAAGAGCAAGAAGAGGAAGGUUGCUGUAAAAGCUCAAGAGAAUCUACUGCUCCUUACCAGUAUUGAUCAUCCAACGGCUUCUCUGGCCCUGGCCCAAGACAGCAUGCUGUGCCCAUUGGUGGCUGGCUAUCUCUGCUUCCUGUAUGAUGCCGUCCCUGCUGAUAUUGACCCUGCCAAUGUUGCCAUGCUUCAGCCAGUCAGUUGGAGGUUGCAGGGCAACUCUGCUGAGGAGAACUCCUUUCUAGAACAACUAGACCUAGAAGUUUUCUUUGCCUGGCUUGACUUCUGUGAUUGCCUUGUAAAAGGAGCUCCUCCGACUGUUGCCCGUCUUCUAGCAGAGGCAGUGGGACAGAGGCUCUUCGUGGGACGUCUCCAGCCUCAGCUCCUGCAGAUGUCGGAAGAUGGCAUUCUUCUCUCGACAGCCAUUCUUACUGGCCUGGUGAGACAAAUCCGUGCUCCUGCCCUCAUCCAGGAGUUGGUGGUAUUUCUACUGAGGACUGGAAGGGAGCCUGAAGUGCUUGAGGAUCCUGACCACCAGCCGUACCACUGUCUGUGCUCCCAGCUGAUUGAGCGCUGCAACCAUCUGUCUGACGAGAUCAGCAUAGUCACCUUAAAGUUCUUUGAGGAGCUGCUUCAUCUUCCUGACCCGCGCAUCCUACAGAGCUUGGUGUUGCACAACCUGGAGGAGCGCCGCUACAUCUUGAAAAUCCCAUCUGUGCAGGAAGAACACAGCAGCCAAGAGCAGGAGCCCUGUGAGGAUGGGCUCAGAGAACUGGAAGAGGAUCCCUAUUUUGUAGAUGGAUUCCCAGCUGUGGGUUUCCAAGCCUCAAGAAAGCCAGCAGUCCCUGCUCCAAAGCAGCCUGUCCAAUCUGAAGAGAAGAUGGAUGUAAAGGAGGUUGUUAACAGCUUCCUUUGCUUGGUUCCUAGUGAGGCAAAGACCUCUGCCUACCUGGAAGAGGGAGGUUAUGACACUUACGUCCAUGAUGCUAGUAGAAUGUUUGGGGAAUGUCUCACUAACACAUCCCACUGGAACUGGCCCCAGGCUUCUCAGCCUCUGGAAAGUUGUCUUGCAGGAUCCCACUUCUAUGAGGGCCAUUUCCUGAAAGUGUUGUUUGACCGAUUGGCACAGAUCCUGGAUCAGUCCUAUGCAGUGAACCUGCAAGUAACAUCAGUCCUGUCCCGCUUGGCCCUCUUUCCACACCCUCACCUCCACGAAUACCUCCUGGACCCGUACCUGCCCCUGGCCCCAGGCUGUAGGACUCUCUUCUCAAUGCUGAUCCGGGUGAUUGGAGACCUGAUGCAGAGAAUCCAAAGGGUACCAGAUUUCCCAGCCAGCUUGUUGCUGGUUCGGAAACGUCUACUGGGCCUGGUGCCUGAAGAUCAGCAGAUCAGCCACCAAAUGCUGCUGGAGGGGGUGGUCGUGCUUGAGGAAUUCUGCAAGGAGCUGGCCGCCAUUGCCUUUGUGAAAUCUGUGCCAAAGGGCACCCUCUGAUGCACAGAAACACCCACGCCUAAGACACAGGUGCCGCUUCAGCCAAGAAGGGCAAGGGGCCCUGAAUGCUACAACCCACCAACUUUGUUCUCCAAACCUUUCCAGGGCGUUCUGAAGUUUUGGCUUGCAGCCAGGCCAGGCUAAAGCACUAGUGGCAGCGGUGGGCUCUGUGCACUUGGAACUCUAGCAGUUACUUGCAAAGCUGGGAACAACAGUGACAGUUCUCUCUCCCAUGGAAAAGAAGAAACUGUCAUCCUGCAGGACCCUCUUUGAGUCCCACUCUGCCCUUGGGUGAAAAAGGCUGGCUCAGGAUCAGAAGGACCCCCAAAGGGGUGAGAGCUGGCACUAUUAUGACCACUUGAGCAAAGCUAAUAGUCGGUCACAAGGGCAGUGGUCAAAGCAGAUGUGACUACCUCUCCUCCCUCCCUGCCUUAGCAAUGGGCUGCUGUCCUGACACCAGCACCGGAGGACAUUAAUGACACCUUCCUUGUUCUUUAUUUUUCCUCUUUCUGCUGAAGGAAGAGAUUGGUAGGAGCUGCUUUAAGGAUCUGUCUUGUUUUAUUUAAUGGCCUUUGGCAGUAGCUGAUCUGCUUUUCUUGCCUCUUCCCUUGCCACUCUUCCUGGUCCUGCCUCCCCAGGAAGAUUUUUUUUGCUUUCUCUGUAUCUUGUGUUCUAUCACAGAGCCUACAAAGACUCAGCCAGCAAACAGUGGCCCUAAACUUUCUGAACUGAGUGGAGCAGACAGAAAUUGGGGGUGGAGAAAUCACCCUAGUCUGUUACUAGGACUUUUACUUGGACAACUACUCUUCAAGUGCAAUAAAUGAUAGCAGAGGAAACUGCAUCAAGCUAAAACAAAGUGAGCAUCUUAAAUCUUGCAGUUUUCCCCAUUUACAGUGCUGAUCAUAUGGAAGAUUUGUCCUCAGUGCCUCAAAUAAACAGCAAGCUGUGGCAGAAAUCCUACAGAAAUCACUCACAGUAGUAAGAUAAACCUGUAGCAACCUUGCAAGAAACUUGGGAAAGAUCAUUUUCCAUUAUGAAAUGCAAGGGGGCACUAGUAAGUGGGGAUCUAGCUGUGAAUGGGGAUAAAGGCUGAUGAGUUGAGCCUGAGAAGGAUCCCGUUCUUCAGAUACUCAUCCUUGACCUUGACCAGAAGGCCUUGCUCUGCAACUCCGGAGAUUUCUUCUUUGAGCAGUGGCCUGUGGCCCCAGUUAUCACUACCACGUUGAAACAGACGCCAUCACUUUGCUCUGGCUCCCUGGCUAGGUGCCUGGCCCAAGCAAUCCCUUCC